CCGCUCCCCUCGCCUGGCCUCUCCUCGACGCAGGCCAGACGAGCAUGCUUCACGCGCUACCACCAUCUCUCAUCACCACCAGAACAGGCCUCACAUGACGCUGCGCAUCCAGCUCGUCUACCGCGGCGCGCCGCAGGAGCUGCUGCUCGACGGCAGCGCGAGCGUCGCGGAGCUGCGCAGCGCCGCCGCCACGGAGCUCGCCGUGCCACUGGCCAACCUCAAGCUACUCCCACGCCGCGGCCUGCGCCUCGAUGCAUCCGACUCUCGCUCGCUCUCAGACCUCGGCGUCGCCGACGCAGAGCGGAUAGUGGCGCUCGGCCCGCGCGCCGAGGAGCUCGAGCGCGAGCAUGCUGCCGAGGAGGAGAAGCGUCGCCGCGAGGCGCCUCGCAACUACCACCCGAGCAUGCUGCGCGGCACCAAGCCUCGCUCUACAGCUACUGCUGCACCACCGCCGCCCUUUGCCUCCAUCGUGCCGCACCCGCAGACGGCGCCCGACUCGCCGCAGGGCCAGCGCGUGCUCGCCGUGCUGCACCGCCUGGCAGCGGACUCGGGCGUCGUGCACGUCUGUCGGCUGCAUGACUUCACUGUCGGCAUCUUGACGGAGCUGCUGCCGCACGAGAAUCCCGAGCUUCUCGGCCUCAACGAGAACGCCGGGCAGCGCAUCUCGCUGCGGAUACGCACCGACGACGGCGUCGGCUUCCGCAGCUAUCUCGACGUGCGCCGCGUGCUGCUGCACGAGCUGGCGCACAACCACGUCUCGGGCCAUCCGCGCGCAUUUAAGGUGCUCAACAGCCAGCUGAAUGCUGAGCUCGAGGCGUAUGAGCGCGCGGGCAAGGAGGGCACACGCACGCUCAUCGAGGGAGAAGCGUACGAGCCAGCCGCGGCGCCCGAUGCUGGGCCGGCGACGUCACAUGUUUUAGGAGGCGCUACAGCCGGCGGCAAGGAUCGCCGCGAGGUCGUGCUGGAGGCCACGAUGCGGAGACUCGAGGCGGCGGAACGCGAGAUUGAGCGAGGAUGCGGCGGGCAAUGAGAUACCAUCAGUCACGGAAG